AUGGUUAAUAUAUUGAGAACUAUUCUCCUGAGUGGGCUAGUUUUUAUCAGCGCCGCACAGCCAAAGGACGAUGAUGUCCUGUCGGGAUUCCAAAGUCUUAAGAGUCUUGAACCUUUAGGGAAUGCAUUUGCCGAAUACUUUCAUAAUGUUACAUUGAAGGAUCUAGAUCUUAUAAACCCCAAAUUGCCAACUCAGCAGGACCUUCUGUGUCUCAAGCAUUUGACUCAACUAGUAUCGGCACUUAGUUCCGGUGAAUAUUGGGCCCUAAAAAUGAUCGACUCGUGGGGUUCUAUUCCUCCUGGCAUACUGACUGGCAACCAAUACAGUUUGGGAAACUAUGACGAGUGCCUCAAUAUCAAAAAGAACAGCAUCCGCGGAAAGUACUGCUUUCUAGAGACUAGACCCAGUAAUAUUAUUGGUAUUGAAAAUGCUUUAACAGCCUAUUGGAAAAUUAAAACUGCAACCUGCUUUCCGGACUCCUGUUCAGCCAUUCAUAUGAACAAGUUUUUGAGUCAGAUGAGUCAGAGAAUACUAAAUUAUAGUAUACCUAGUACAAUCAUGACUAUCAAAGAAAGUAGUUGCCAGACAAACGAAAGCGAACCGUGGGAUGGAUUAACCUAUUUUACCAUAAUCUUCUUAUCACUGAUGGGCUCUUUCGUAGCUAUCUUUACGCUUUACGACUAUUUUUUGUGCCAGGAUCAGGAUAAACUUCCAGCGAUUGUAAAGGUCUUUUCGGCCAGAGUCAACUCCCGUGCAAUUUUUCGCAUCGUGGAGACUAAAUCCAACCCGAAUGUAAUCGACUGCCUUCAUGGCAUUCGGUGCAUGUCCCUCUUUUGGGUGGUUUACUGUCAUGGACAUCAAUAUUUAUCAUCAGUAUACAUCAACUUUUUACACUUCAUUCCGUGGGCAGAGUAUCCAUUUACCAGCUUUUUUGUGCACGGCUUUUUCUCGGUGGAUUCGUUUUUCGUUAUUGGUGGUUUACUUGUGGCCUUAAUUACGCUGCGAUCAAUGGAUAAAGCCAAGGGAAAGCUAAACGUACCAUUAAUGUAUCUACACCGCCUGAUUCGCAUUGUUCCCAUUGUGGCCAUGGCAAUUCUCGUCUAUAUGAACCUCAUGGGUGUCGUGGCAAAUGGACCACUUUUUAAGGACGGAUUCAGUGGCAAACAGAACUGUGAGAAUGGAUGGUAUCGCACGUUGUUGUUCGUGAAUAACUAUUUUGAUGAUGGAUGCCUUGGUCAUACGUGGUAUUUGUCGGUGGACAUGCAGCUAUUCCUCAUCUCUCCUAUCCUGCUGAUCUCGCUCCAUAAAUGGGGCAAGAAGGCAGCUGCCGGUAUAAUAGUUCUAAUAGUCCUAUUCGCAGGCUUACUUUUUGGAUCCAUGAUGGUCAACCACUACGCAAUGUUGUUAAAGAACAGUAAUGAAGAAACGCAAAAGUUGUACUUUUACACGCACUACCAUUGCACCCCUUGGCUGAUUGGCUUUAUGUUUGGAUACUUUCUGUAUCUGAAUCAGGGAAGAAAGUUCCGUCUAAACUGGAUAGCCGUGUGGUCGGGAUGGAUCCUUUGCCUGGCCAUGUUGUUCACCUCCAUAUUCGCCCUCUAUCCGGCGGCUGAGUGGACUUCCCCUGCUCUUUCCAGCCUAGAAGACGCUUCUUACUACACCCUCACUCGGUUGGGAUGGUCAUUGUCCAUUUGCUGGGUGAUUUUCGCCUGUAUGCAGGGUUACGGAGGUCUGGCCAACAGUUUUCUAUCCUCUCCACUGUGGCAACCUCUCUCGAGACUCUCGUAUUCGGUCUACAUUUGGCAUGUUUUCGUCCAGGAGAUAAACACACGAAUCACUAGAACCAACUUGUACUUAUCGGAUUACCAAAUGAUGCUUAGAUUCUGGUCAGAUAUCGGUAUUUCAACAUUGCUGGCCUUUGUACUCUACCUGAUCAUUGAAGCUCCGUUCGCUGGACUUGACCUCUUCAUCCGACCUCAGAAAAAAGUAUCUAACAACUGCAAAACCAACACUAUUUUAGACGCAGCGAAGCAGAUUGAAAUCUUUACAGAUGGAUCCAAUGAGCCAGAAGAGCGGUCAAAUUAA